AUGGCUCCAAAGUUCUUCUCUGGUCUCUGGAAGUCUCUCACCAAUGUGGCCUCAGGACGGAGGAAAGUUUUACGGCGGCUCUUCAGGGCGAAACAAAAGGGCAAUAUAGUCCACCCUUCAGAAGCAGACACACUCUCUUUCCAGCACGCGACAGACUGGAUAGCAGAGGAAGUAGCCGUGAACCCGCAAGGCUACGAGAUCAACGAAGCCGAGAGAGAAUCCGAGUAUAGCCCAGAAUCCUCUAUAGGACGUGAAGUGGACGAUGAAGCUUCGGACGGUGCCAUGGGUGUUGUUCAACCGAGCUCCCAGGAAGACCGAAAUGACCCCAACGACCAAAGCCAUGUGAAUAAUUCACUGCUUGACUCGGGCGAUCAACUUACAAAAUUUGAUAGGCAAUUGGUCAUAAACCACCUUGAAGAAAUCCACGAUAAAAACAUUUCUGAGGCGUCCAAGAAGCAAAUGGCUUGCUGCGAUGAAAAUAUACAAAGGAUCAUAGGAGGUGACAGGCAAACACAAUCAUGGAACAAUGAAAAAACUCUUUCCAAUAUUCAGGAAGCUUUGGAAGUCUCUGAAGAUGGCGUUAAUAGUGUACUGCGGAUUGAGAUAAGUGGUUCUUCAGAGUCAGAGUUUUCAACCGACAAUAGGGUUGAAUUUAGGCUACGCGGCGGCGACUUGCUAACACCAAGGAUUCAACAAUGCCUAGAGACCAUGUUCACGGCUUUCGCUUUACAGCUAAGCUGUUGCAAUGUGAAUCAUUUCAUGCGGUUAAAGUUAACAGAAUCUUUGAAUCCGGUUGAUGAUGAAAAGCGGACUUUCUUUGAUCUGUACUUGUCAAGUGGACAUGAUUGUACGCGGUCUUACUGGGUAGAGAGUAGAUGUACAUUUACAAGGGAAUUGACUCAAGGGAAAGCUACAGGCUGUACUUUGAUCAAGAGGUCCAUACUUGAUAAGAAAAAGAUGAAUGUCUUGCUCAAAGAGACUCGUAACCAAAAUCACGACACACAAAAUACUUCGGCAAUGGAAAGCACUCGGGAGAAUUUGUGCCCUAUACAACUUAACGUUUCCGAGGAGCUCAGCUCGUUAGCCACGCCGAUAGUAUCGCUAGCAAGCCUAAUGAAACAAGAUGCGUCUUCCCACCAUAUCCGACGCGUCCGGAACGCUGAGAAAUUCUCGACUGGAGAAAGGGACCGGCUUUGCCUAAAUUUGGCUCUGUCGUUGUGGCACAUGUCUGGCCGCAAUUGGAACAGGGCAACAUGGUACUCUGAUGAUCCCCACACAGAAACCGGAAUAUUCUUUCUCAGGGAUCCCAGAACUCAGGAGAUUGUAGAUAAGACACGGCCAUAUAUGUCAUGGCUCCUCCAAGAAGAAUCUGAGGUCCAAAAGCCCGUAAAGGGCCUUGUCUAUGAUACACAGCUUUUGAGCUUCGCUAAGCUAUUGAUUGAGGUACACACAUGGAAAAAGCUUCAUCUUAAACCUGGGUCUGAGAAAGAACUCCGCUCUCAACUCGAGGAGUAUAUUGAGAACAACUUCAGGCCGGUACACGAUUCUAAUUUUAUUUCUGCUCUGAAAGCCUGCCUGGGUUAUGCCGGGAGUAUUGACGCCACUGCAGAGGACAAUCCGCAACGAAUUCAGAUGUAUAUUUGCGAAAACAUAGUAAGACCAUUGCAUGAGUAUAUUGGCACUCCCGAGUCGGCAAAAUCCGCAUUGACGGCAAAAUCCACAUUGACGGCAAUGCCCUCGUAUUAUCAAGCUGUGUUAGACGGUUCAAAUCAGUCAAGUCAGUCGACACAUAACACGCCUAUAUAUGAUUGGAAAAUUGACGACUAUGGCAAGCAUGAAGGAAAUGGCUCAUACGAAAAGACAUUCUGGAACAAUAUGAAGGAUUUCACGACGAAAUACAUCAGCCCUCUAGCACUGUCAGACGAUGUUAAACCAUGUCCUGAAAGGAAAGUCCGGAUAGCAGUUAUUGAUAGUGGUGUUAAAGAGGAAGACGCAGAAAUCGCGGCAGCAGCAGUUAAGCAACGUAUUCGAGGCUAUCGGAAUUUCACUUCUCCGGAUCUUAACGACUGUGAAGAUCAAGUCGAUCACGGGACUAUGGUCGCCCGCCUCUUGCUUACUGUAGCACCGAAAGCCGAGCUCUACAUUGCAAAGGUAACAGAUCAGAAGAAAAUGCCGAAGAAUCAGUUACAUCGCAUUGCUGAGGCUAUCAAAUGGGCCGUACUGGAAUGGGACGUCGAUAUCAUCUCAAUAUCUCUAGCGCUCUCUGAGGAGCAUUAUGAUAUUAAUGAGGAGAUCACUGAGGCACUUUCACCUUCAUCUCAAGAUGCGAAUCGCAAGCUCGUCUUCGCUGCUGCUGGGAACUGGGGGGUUUAUAAACGACGAGCAUUUCCGGCUAGAAAAGAAGGAGUCAUUGCCGUUCAUGCCUCAGAUGGGAGCGGCGAGGGGGCGAAGUUCAACCCGAACCCCGAGAGUAAACUAAAUCUCUCGACUCUUGGCGAAAAUAUCAAGAUACGAUGGCCAGAUCCCGACAACUAUGGUGAUAUGAAAGACCGCUACAUAUCUGGCUCGUCAUUCGCAACACCAAUUGCAGUUGGGAUUGCUGCAAAUGUCCUUGAAUUUGCGAGACAUAGGUUGAAACUGAAUGGCUGGAAGAAAGAUGUGAUUUACUCGCACCCUGUCGGACGACAAAAUCUCGCAACCCACAGUCAGGAUUUUCUCCAAGACAUUAACCCUCAAUCACCUCACGUUGGCCCAAAUAUGGACCCAGUCUCAAAAAAACCCUCGCAAAGCAUUUCGGAUGCUUCGCAAAAAGCUUUACAUUUGUUUCAGUCAUGUGCCUUGCGCACCCAAUAUGCCGUCGCCGACUUCGAGGCGACGGAGCGGCUGUUUACGGCUUGGACAAAUAGGUUGAGGGUCUUCAGCCAGAGUGCCAGCCUAGAUGCGCAGCUGCGCGCAGAGAAAUAUGACAUUAUCCGCCAAAUGGUUAUGCUUCUCCUAGACGUUUUGAACAAAAACCUAUCUCUCGCACACAGAUUAAUCUAUUCGGAUAAAAACGAGCAUCAUGUUAAACAAUCCCUUGAAAGCCUCCUAUUCAUUAUCGAAGAGUCUUUGAAACGUUUGAAUAGGGUCGCUUCCGUCAUCAUCCAAGCGUCUCAAGACAGCUUGAUCAAGAGGACCAUCGUCUUCGCAAAGCAGCAUGGCGACUUCCAGGAGCUCGCCAAGAUAUUUUCCUUGGUAAUUUUCUGGCGAUACCCGGGGGUAUUACUGAAAGAUCAGUCAGGCAAUAUACAUCUGGAUAUCCCAGAAGACCCCACACUUACCAAGGAGAAGAUUCUGAAGCGACGUCCGGAGGGCUUAUUUCUAGCUCUUGUGAAGACUUCCAUCGUCCGACACUUUAGAAUAUUAUAUGAGCGUGAUAGAAGAGACAGAGAGAAAAGGGUAUUAUUAGCGCCAGCCAUGAGAUCGUCGACACCGCAAGGUGCCAAUCCAGCUGAUGACGAUACUAUCGCUGCGCAGUACAAAUCUCCCCAGUCGAAUAAAUCAGCACCCGGUGAGGCAAACCAGAUGGCCAAACGAGACGACGAGGCACGAUCAGAGAACCAGCUAACGGAGCUUUCGAUUGAUGUGGACCGCUACAAUACGGGAAUUGCUGGGAUCGACUCUACCAGUCCUACUUCUGACGAGAAAUCCGCCCCUCCAUUCUCUGAGGCUGGCGUGGCGUCAUUUCCCAGGGCACCCAAGAUUCCGAACGGACAGUCAAAGGGCACUUGUCCAAUAUGCAAGCAGGAGUUUCCUGCAGAAGAGUUGCAGGGCGCUAAGUGGAUAGCUCACGCCACCAAGGAUAUUAAGCCUUAUGUCUGCAUAUCUGAGGACUGCAUGUCGGAUAUUCAGUUCUUCGAGCGCCGCAAAGAUUGGAUUGACCAUAUGCAUAAAUUUCACACGCCUUAUUGGGCCCAAUACAUGCAUAAACCAUUGAGGUGGAAGUGCUCUCUGUGUUGUUCGGACUCUACUACGGAAUUCAUUUCCGAAGAAGAAGUGAAAACGAGCUUUGAGAAGCACUUGGAGCAAUUACAUCCUCACACUGACAUGAAAGAGUUGCACCGCUUGGUCAAUAAUUGUGCGGUGCCUCAGCUUCGGUCCUCGGAAUAUUGUCCAAUUUGUGGAACUCUUCACCAACCGGCUAUCCCAUUUGAACCCCAAUCGGAGACGACGUCUGAUUCAGGGGCGAGGGGAACUGAGGAUGCUUCUCAAUCCCAGCAUGAGCUCAAAGUGAGAUUUGAUGCUCCAGAAACGCCGAAUGGUGAAGAUGAAGAGUGUCGAGCAGAGAGUCCAUCGUCAAACUCGCCGAACUGGCGCUCGACCCGUGCAACGGAUCACCAGGGCGUCGAAAAUUGCAUUGCCGAGCACCUAAGAGCCCUGGCUCUCAACUUUUCAGCCCGUCUCAUCGAUGAUGAUGACCAACAAGACUCCGAUGCAUCAUCAAGUAGAAGUUUAGACGGCGAUUGGCCCGAACUAGAAAGUUUGCCGCAAGAAGACUACGGAGAUGAUCCCCCAAAGCUUCCCUCAUGCAUAUGCGAUGAAAUAGACCGGUUUCCCAUUCCGGACGAAGAAAAGGCCGAAAUGAGGGAAUGCAUCGCGAAAAACCUCCACGAUCUUUGUGAGAAAUCCGACGAGCAAGUCAGCUGGAAUUUCGACUGGGUCGAUGGCUAUCGAGUUAUUGAGCCAAAUAUUCCCAAAGAAGAACGAGAGAGAUUGUUCCCAGACGAUUGCUGUCUGGAAAACAGCUCUGACUUAAGGUCUAGGGUCUCCGAAGUUCAAAUAUUUGACGAUCAUGAGGUCGAGAAGACUGACGAGCCUCCCUUCGAGGCCGAAAAGACCGCCGAGCUUCCCUUCGAGGUCGAGAAAACUACCAAGCUUCUCUCCAAAGUUGAUAAGACUGCCCAGCUUCUUUUCGAGGUCGAGAAAACUGCCCAGCUUCCCUUCGAGGUCGAGAAGACUACCGAGCUUCCCUUUGAGGUUAAAAAGGCUGCCGAGUUUCCCUUCGACGUCGAAAACGAAAAGACUACCGAGCUUCCCUUCGAGAUUGCAAAAAAAGUCGAAUGCCAGCGUGGUAGCCCUAAGCAUAAAUGGUUCCUAACGGUGCUAACGUUGCUGGAAAGAGGCGCCAAUGUAAACAUUCGGGGUGAUGCAGGCCGUAAAAAGGCGAUGAAUCAUGCACGCGAUAACCAAGAUGGAAAAAGAAUUAGGCCUAAGAUCCCGUUCCGUGCUGGAAAAAGAGCAGGAUGAGAGCCAGGUGCACCGCUGGCUGCAGAUUCAGUACCCGACAUCAAUCAGAUGGCAGAUACACUGCUCUAGGAAAUCGAGCAUUUUGACCAGUAUGUCGAUGUUGAUGUAAGAAAGAGACGGAAAGCUUUUGGAAUCUUUUGGUAGUUAUUAGUUAGGUACUAGGUAAGUCUAAUUUACUCAAG